UGGCUUCUUUGUUGAGAUAUUAUAAGUGGAGAUAUCUUUGGGUAACACUUUGAUGUCGGUAGGCACAGAGCUACCAAUGAUUUUUGAAAGAUGUUAUGUUGUAAAAGUUAAAUAAACCAAACAUUGGUCUCGUACUGUUGGCUGGUGAUGGAUGAGCGCUACCACGUCAAACAAACUUCAUAUUUAAGAUAGUGUAUUCAGCCAACAGUGUAGAAAAUGGAAGCAGAUCGUUCAUUUAAUUUCCGUGGAUCGCUGGUUUGUGGAAUCAAGUCUCAUAUUGAUACCUAUUUCAUUUUUCAGGAGUAUUCAGAGGUUUUGGUCAUAUAAGAAAUGAAAAUGGUUACAUAAAUAUUAAUGGUUGUGAAGUGGAUAGCAUGCGUGUUUUCCGGACAAUGACAUACAUCAUCUAAUAACAUACAUCAACAGGAUAUAUUGCCACCUACGUUGAAAAACAAAACGCCUAGUAACUACAAUCGGGCAAUGUAUUCGCUAUUCUUAUCGGAUACAUCUGUAAUCUUAUACAAAAAAACUUAUAUGAGGAAACAGAAUAGGCGAAUAAGUGUUAAGUAUACAUUUACUGGAAAAAUAACCGUUAAGAGCGUUAAGUACAUAAAUAUUGAUGCAACUACAAUAGAGAAAAUAUUUGGAACUGGCUGUGUAGACAUUAAUCUACGCUUGAAAAUAUGUUCCGGCAAAAUUUCCAUGUCAUGUUGACUUUUGUGUUGCUACUAUACCUGAGGCUGUUUUUGGAGGCUCACGCUGUUUCUGACGUUUGCAAGUUAUGUGAAUGUAAGAGUCAACGUGUAAGUUGUGAAUAUCUCGAUUUGUCAUCUGUUCCACAAAAUAUCUCCGGCACUGUUGAAUAUUUCUAUCUAUCCAAUAAUAAAAUCACGAAAAUUGAAGACGAAUCAUUCCGAAAUCUUCUCAGCUUAGAGUCUCUACAACUAGACAAUAAUGAAAUCUCGAAUAUUGAAAAAGAAUCACUCAAACAUCUUUCAAAUUUAGAACAAUUAUACCUACAAAAUAAUACAAUAUCGAAUAUUGAACAUGGCACAUUUCAGGGGCUGAACAGCUUACAGAUUUUACGAUUAUGCAACAAUAGCAUCUCGAAAAUUGAAAAAGAAACCUUUGUAAAUCUUCCUGAGUUAUAUGAGAUACGAUUAUCCGAUAAUAAAAUCUCGAAAAUUGAAAAAGAAUCUUUUGUAAAUCUUCCCAAGUUAAAAGAGAUAGAUCUAUCCAGCAAUGCAAUUUCAAGUUUGAAACAACAUACCUUCAAAAAACUUACCGGAUUAAAGACAUUAGACCUAUCCAAUAAUAAAAUGUCGAGUAUAACACAAGAGACUUUCCAAAAUCUUUAUAGUUUAGAGGAUUUAAAUUUGAGCAGAAACCAAAUACAAAUGAUUGAGGAUGGCGCUUUCUUAUUCCUUCCCAAUAUAAAGAAGAUCAACCUCAUCGGCAAUAAGAACUUGAAGUGUGGAUAUCAUCUCCCGGCCGUGGUAAAUUAUAUGACCAGUACAUACAACAGAACUGUGGAUGUCCUGGGCAAAUGUCUACGAGGUUUAGACAACGAAGAAGACGAACCAAUAUCUAUAAUGAAUCAUACGCAAAGCAAAUAUUACUCAUUAUUCCAAAAAAAUUUGCAGUGUCAAACGUGUUCAGGAAUGAUGUGUAAUGAUUCAGAAGUGACAAACUGUACAGGAGCAGAGCUUGUAUGCCAAUAUAAACUAUCAAUGAGUGGCGUCACACUGAAGUUUGAAAGAUUUUGCAGCACAUACAGAAACUGCCUUGAAGCUAUGAGAAACAAUACUUCUACAUGCAAUGAAUGGGCCAAUGGCACUUCGUGUGUAGCUUGCUGCAGCGGAAACCAAUGUAACAAGAAUGAUUUCAUGGAUUGGAACAAUACCUUUGAAUAUCAUCUGAUUUAUACCAUUGACCGACAUCCGAUUUCCAAAAACUGCAAUGAAUAUAAAAACCAUUUUGAAAAUGUAUCUAGAGCUGUGAGUAGGUGUAUAUUUUCUAACGCUCCCCCUCUCUCUCACACACAUACAUGUGCUAUAUAACAGGGGUUUUCAAAAUUUUUGACUUGCGGACCCCUUUAUAUUUCAGGCUUUACCUUAGGGACCCUUAUAAACGCUUAUGAAAUUUAUUCAUAAAUAUUUCCUUAAAAUAAUAUAUAUUUUUGCAUUUAUUUAUUUAACAGUAUUUAACAAAUAGGUUUAUUGUCAAUUAAAAGAUUUCGGUUAAAAAAACAUAUAUAAAAUCAAAUUGCCCAUAAAAAGUAUUUGCUGUCCACGGACCCCCUGUCUUGUCCUUGCGGACCCCCUGUGGUCCGCGGACC